ACAACAAUGACGUCAUAUAUGUGUAGGGAAAGCCCUUUGCAGGAAUAUGAUUGGYUGAUUAUCUUAGGAACGCAAAGCGAAUAUUUCCGUGUUCAUUGAGCAACAGUUGACCUCGCAAGAUGAGCCGCCAUAAAGCGCUWAAUAUCGUUUUAGUCGGCGACUCAAAAGUUGGAAAAUCGACKCUCAUCUCAAUAUGUCAUAUUCAGAACCCAAUUUUGGACGACAAAGGAAUCCCAACUUAUAGGAGACAAUUUGAAUCCUCAAAGACUUACWCGCCUACAUCUUUCAAGUCCUAUCGCACGGAURUUCGCCUUCGUGGAUACUACUCUAUGCCACACACGACAAAGCGUGUCUUUCAGACCAAUAUUAUCGACGUUGGUGGUUCUAAAAGAUACGAUGAUGUACGUCCUCUUGCUUAUAUGAACUGUAAUGUCUUCCUCUUGUGCUUUGACUUAACUAAUCGUGCUUCUUUGGAGAGCGUGCAAUCAAGAUGGCURCCGGAAAUCAGACAUUACGAACCCCAAACGCCAAUAAUAUUAAUUGGGAAUAAAGCUGAUCUGAAAACAGAGCGAAAAGUAUUGGCUGGCAAGGAAGUUCAGAAACUAUCAAAGACUCUUGGUCUGGAUAGAUACAUUGAGAUAUCGUGCUAUGAUGAUGAGAACGUUUACGCUCUGUUUAGUAUUGCUUUGGAGUUGGCAUACGAGCAUCAAAAGAAGAAAUCUGAAUCAACAAAAGAGCAAGUUGUAGAAUUUGAUGUCAAUGAACUGGACUCACUUAUAUUUUUGUAUCUACUUGUUACGCCCUUAAGUAAAGGAACCCACCAUAUGUACCCUUGUGAAACGUGUGAAAGAAAAACAUGUUCUUGUGUUCCAAAAGGUGACAACAUUAWGGCUGGCAUGUCUAUUGAACCUGAACAAGAAUUCAGUAAGAACUUUACAUACAGAGCCACCAACUUCUUGUGUAAAGUUGAUGGUCAUCAAUUGGAGAUUGCUUUUGAUAAAUCAAUAGAUUAUACUGCAUUCGUAUGCAUUCUUAAAUGGAUGUACACAGGGGUGUUGAAUAUCCCUGAUAAACUUGAUGACAUUUUUGUCAUAAAUUUAUAUCACGUCAUCUUUGAACUAGAAAUCCUUCCUCUGAAAACGUUAUGCUAUAAUCUUCUUAGACACAAAGGAAAGGCUAAAAACUUAAUACAGAUGGAUGAGAGUGGACAGGAAACUCUGCAAGGUGAUGAGAAUUUACAUGUCACACCCUUGCAAGAGCAUCAAGGAAAUGAAAAUGGUGGUCAGGAAGAUGAAGAAACACAGAAAGUGACAAUGGUUCCAGAACCUCCUCCACUGGAGUUGUUUACAAUCUUUAUCAGCCGAGGAUGCAAAGGAAAAUUAGCCUUUGUUCCUACACCACCAUCUUUGGAAUCAUUUGAAAUCUAUAUCAAUCAAAAGAAGAAUAGAAGUGAUGAUUCUUACUGCCCCACCGACAAGUCAAAAGCAGACAAUGCCAAGAUUGAAGCAACUAUUGUUCAUAAAGAAAUGUGGAGGAGAGCAGAUAAGCUUUUGGCUGAAGAUGAUUGGCUGACCGAUACAGUGUUGGUAGUUGAGGAAACACCCAUUUUUGUCCAUCGAGUUGUCAUGGCAACGAGAUCACCAGUGCUGGCAGCAAUGUUGGAGGGUGGUUUUAAAGAAAGAGAUAAUAGAGAGAUCAGGCUUCCUGAGAUUUCUCUAGAACAUUUCCAUACCAUUCUGGAAUUCAUUUACACAGACAAAUGUCUCCUAGAUAAAGCAAAUAUUCCUGGUGUACUAGAGCUCGCUGACAGAUUUCACAUUCAAAGUUUGAUAGAUCGCUGUGAGGAGUUCUUACUAUGGACAUUCAGUAGCUAUGAUUAUACAACCUUAGCCACACAUUGUAAGGAACAAGUUGGUAGUAUAAUGGAGAGUAUCUACUUGUCCAAGACCUACAAUGCAGAAUUUCUCCACAAAUGGUGCCUACACUUUGUGGCCACAAACUACAGCUUCUUUGAAGGAGAAGAAGACUUUGAAACUGUUUGGGCUGAAAAUGUAGAAUUCAUGGAAAAGAACAGAUGGCCUUCAAGGAAGUGUUCCCUGUUACUUGAUAGUUACAAGUGCACUAGGCAGAAAAAGUGUUGUGUGAUGUAAAUUACUUUCAAUUAAGUAU